UCAUGUUCAGCUUGCUUUCUCGCACAUUGGCCACUUUCCAAGUUCCAGUUUUGUGACAGUGAACUUGAAGCCUGAAGCAGUGAAUAGCGAAGGCAAGUUCCAGCUAGAGCCCGAGGGUUUCACGUUCAACUUCAAGGACAGGCCAGCCUUCUGGCCUCCACUAUUGCCUUUCUGUCAAUUCCCUUCUUCCUCAGCUUCCUAGACGCGAAAGAUGGACACCUGCCACUUGCGUCCUACAAUCAGGAAUUUGAAAAUAACAAAAGGGCAAGUCUCAGAAUGGCAGCCGCCUGUUCGGCCUGCAGUAUGGGCACCAGCUUGCAGCAGCUCUAUGCGCUUAAAAAAGCUCGCUGCAGCUCGUUCAGAAUUUCGGAAACCCAGAUCAGGAGGCUUUGUGACCAAUGCUGAAAGCUUUGGACAAGCCUUCGGGAGACACCUCUUUUGCCGUGUUGUAAGAAAGAGGAGGUUUACCACUUGCUGCCAAGCAGAUGACCAAAGGGAAGGAACAGACGGUGUAGAUUCGAAGGAGUUGAUGGACAGCUUGCGCAAAGCAAAAGAGAGGCAGCGCAAUAUGGCAGUGGUUUUUGAAAUUGAAGGGGUUCUGACAGACAUCCACAGGCGGGCCAAUCGAGAAGCAUACAACCUAUCUUUCAAGGAUCUCGACCUAGACUGCGCGAACUGGACGGAGCCCGUCUAUAAGGAUCUCUACCGAAGCGUUGGAGGGGACGAGGAGCGCAUGCUUCAGGUCUUCUUUGAUAGGAUUGGGUGGCCACUUGCAGUGCCCACAAGUGAAAGAAAGACGUUCACCCGGAAAUGUCUGGAGAUCAAGAAAAAGCACUUAGAAAGCUUCAUCGAGGCUGGCCGGCUACCAUUACGACCAGGUGUUGCAGAGUUCGUCCAGGAGGCGGCGUCGGAAGGGGUCGCGCUAGUCAUCCUUGGUGUGUCAAGUCGGAUUGGCUACGACGCUACACGGAAGCUCGUGGAGGGGCUAGGCGACGCAGUGCGAGUCCUGUCGGACGAGGACGUGCGCGCGAGCACGUAUGCUCAGGUCGCUGCCGGGGAGGGGGCACUGGCCGGCAUCGAUAACAUGCUGGCGCGCCAGCUCGCGGAAGCAGUGAAUGCCGAAAAGCAGCGCUUAGCGGAGAUGGUCGCCGAGAAGCUGAAGCUGACGGUGGACCUAGAUACAGGCGGGAAGUCAGAAGAAGCUUUGUUAGCACUUCGAGCGGCGGCGGAAUUAGCUGGAACGCCUGUGGGCCGGUGCGUACUGCUAGCUGGGAGUCAUGUGGGCGUCCAGGCAGCAGCUCGGAUUAGCAUGCCGUGCGUCGUGGUGAAAAGCAGCUAUACUGCGGGAGCCGAGUUUCCAGGCGCCUUGGCAACAUAUGGCGAUUACGGCAUGGGCUCGGGUGUGACCCUAGCAAAGCUUCGCCGUGGUUUAGAGAAGUUCCAUUCAUAGCACCUAGCUGAUUCUGCUAGUUGCUCGCUCCGUGCUGCUAAGUGUUGAUACUUUGGAGUAGAUCGUGAAAUGAAUAGCCAUAGAUCAUGUCCUUCAGUUAGAUAAUGCCGAGGAGACUAUAUGGCAGUUGUCAAUUGCUAGCUAGAUUGUGCGCUUUUCACAUGGAGCUGGAGAAGCGCUUAUAGAAAGUUCGUAGAGAUAGAGAUUUGGGACAAGGUGGGAAAGGGUCGCUAUUUCGAUCCAUAGGAUGACUCUCUUAUGGCAAUGCGGUCGUUAUAAAACAAAGGUAAAUGUUGCACUA